AUGGCACCGCCAUUCCCCGUAGACACGAAAUUCAAUUGGAAAGAACUUCACAAUCCUGGGUUGAGUGGACUGGGGUCGUGGAAUCUGUGCAGUCAAUGGCAGGGUCCGCUUGUCGUCACCGACCGCCGGGGAAACGUUCAUGCUAUUCAAGAUGGUCGGCGAUUGAAAAGAGCAAUUGGAGCUCAGCUUCGUAGGUGGCACGAUACAGUCGUAGAGAGGCUGAAAAUACCACCGUCUAGAGCAGACCCAACCGAGCGUCCUGUAAUGUUUUCUUCAAGCAGUCAGUUCUUCAUGCAUAAACACGGAUGUUCAUGUGCGAAAAUAACUGUCCUGUUCGAAGACAGUGGACUUGACCAGGAUGAUUACAUUCGCGUUGUUACAAAGUUUUCGAUCAACAAAUGCUGGAGAGAUCCGUGUAAAUUAGCGAAGAAACUGCCUUUCACAGCCACAAUGGAGUUUGUUCCAUUUUCGGAGAAACAUCAGUACAUUACAGAUGGUCUAGAGAUCGACCUCAAUCACCAUGAAGAGUUAUGGGUCUCAGGACAGGCUGCAGGAGAUACCAAGCAAUCGUUGAAUAACAGCUGUCUGUAUCUGGGACGUGGGAAAUCAAUCGAAGUCUGUCUGUAUCUGGAACGUGGGAAAUGUUUCAAUCGAAGUGCCAACCUGCGGCCUCAUGAGAAAUACGAACGGCACACAUGCGAGCUAUGCCGCAUAUUUUCAAUCAAAGACCAAUUACCUCAGGCGUGUGAGGAAGGUGGACAGACAGGAGAUUUCCUACAA